UGUAGCAGCAGCAAAAGAUAGUAGUUGAAAAUUUAUGAAAGUUUAUUGAAAUAAUUCGAAAAAUGCGAAAGUCAAUUAGAAUUUAUGCAGUAAUUGAAAAUAAACAGUAAUUAGAAGCCUCGGGGGCAUAUAUUUGAAAAAAAAACAGUACUUAAGUUGGUUGUAUGCAAGCAGACUUAUGUACUAGACUGAAGUAUCAACAACGACGACGACGACGACCUCCGUUCAAGGAGGAAACGAAGUCCAGCAAUUGUGGAAUUCCAAGGUGUGAUUAAGCUUGCUUUUUGCACAAACACAGAUUGAUGUAGAAAUAAUCAACGUUCAUAGAUAUGCAAUUUAGUUAAAUAAAUAAGUUCUUCAAAUAAACAAACGCAAGUGGAUUAAAAAAAAUUAUGACCGGCAGAAUGCGUAACACAACAAAAGUUGAGGCACUUAUUGAAAGCUGUCGCAGUGAAGGCAAGUGGCAGCGUGUCAUCGAGCUGACGGAGGAACUUAAAACGGGUUCGCCCAACAAUGAAUGCCUUGCAAAUUUCUUAAUUGGUGAGGCGAAACUUGAAAACUACCUCGAAGAAAAUGCACCCAUCGAAAGUAAUUUUGCCAAAGCCAAAGCUGGCCUGCAAGAUGCACGCCGUUGUUUACAAAUAGUUACCGGUGAAAAUGGCCAGAAGGCAGGCAUUGCGCUGGAUGCUUACUUGCUCUUGGCUAAGCUAUGCUACGCCUGCGGCGAAUAUGAAAAAAGCUUGGAGAACUUUGUGAAAGCCGAGCUCAAUACGUUAGCGGAAAAAGAAUUGACGCUACGUAGUUUAAAAAUUUUAGCGGAAUCAUAUGCCAUUAAAGGUUUGUGCUUGGAAAAUCAAACCAGUAAACCAACCUCGAAAUUCAAAAAAGCCGAAAAGGAAGCUGAAAUGAUUACUUGCUUCGAGCGCGCCACUGAUUUGGGGCUGCUGUAUUUGCAAGAGCAGGAUAUUGCCACAUAUUCAUCAGCGACGAAUAACGCUGCCAACGCCGGUUCCAUGCUAGCCAUAAACACCACUAGCAACAUGAGUGGUUUGCAAUCUUCCCUGGGUGGUAGUAGUCUAACUAUAAGUACCACCAUACCUGCCAAUCCACUUGAACUUAAUCGUCGCAUGGGUGCCAUACUCGAAACUGCAUUACAACGCGCCCCCAUUGUGCUCAUCAAAGCGGGAAAAUUGCAAGAAGCAAUCGAACGCUAUCGAGCCAUGUUGAAUGCCAUUGAAACAAAAACGACACAGUCAUUGCGCUUGACAUUAGCACGUCAAUUGGCCGAAGUGCUGUUGCGCGGCGUCUCUGGCACCAUUUAUACAGCGCCUUUCACCAAAAAGCCAACAGGUCAAGCACUGCGAUCGACCACAACAAAACGUUUGUGGAAACCGCGUAAAUAUGCGGCACGCAAUCAAUUCAACCCGCGUAACCAUCACGAGGAAACCCUCCUGCUUUUACUUAUUUCAGAGGCGUUGGCGGUGCGCGAUACUGUGCUCUCACAGAGUCCAGAAUUCCGUGUUGCACGUCAACAUGCAAUGGGCAACGCUUCUGCAGUCUAUGAUUUGCUCACACUCGCAACGGUGCGAUGGGGCUUGGUGAAUAUGCUACAAGAAUCUUUUGAGAAAGCGCUGAAGUUCUCAUUCGGUGAGCAACAUGUAUGGCGACAGUAUGGUAUUAGUCUAAUGGCUGCAGGCAAGCAUGCGCAUGCGCUACGUGUUUUACAAGAAUCCAUCAAAUUGACGCCAAGUGAUCCGCUGCCCUGCUUGCUGGCGGCACGGUUGUGCUAUGAGUCACUGGCAUUAGUCAAGGAGGGUCUUGACUUUGCGCAUCAGGCGCUCAAACGCGAAACGAAGGGCAUACGUCCGUCGCGCAGUCAACUUUUCGUCGGUAUUGGUUACCAACAAUUAGCCAUACUGACCACUCUGAAAUCCGAACGUGAUUCGUACAAUAAAUUGGCGCUGGACGCGCUAGAGAAGGCGGUGCAAAAUGAUGGCAACGAUCAUCUAUGCGAAUACUAUCUUUCGUUGCAAUAUGCGUUGCUCGGCAAUAUCGCCGAAGCUCUAACACAUGUACGCUUUGCGCUGGCGUUGCGCACGGAACAUGCGCCCAGUUUGCAUUUAUUCGGUUUGCUUUUAACCGCAUCACGACGUCCACGCGAAGCAUUGACUGUUGUCGAGGAUGCACUCGAGGAGUUUCCGGACAAUUUGAAUUUACUGCAUGUUAAAGCCCACCUGCAAUUGCAUUUACAAGACGCCGAAUUAUCGCUGGUCUCGGUGCAAAAGAUGCUGGCCAUUUGGCGCGAGUUGUAUGAGGGGCAAGUGAGUGUGGAGGAGGAGAAACAUUCGGAUACGAAGAGUAUUGUGGUGCAUAUGAACCCGGCAGCCGUCUCGUCGCAAAUGUCCGACAAGGAUUCAAAUUCUGUAUAUGCUGCAUCUUUGGCGGCAGUUUCACGCGUCGAACAGGCUUUGAGUGAAGCGGCCAGUUCGCUGAGUUCUUUUACGCCACGUCCCGGACCCCAACGUCCAUGGAUGAUACAGAUAAAGAUUUGGUUGUUACUUGGCGAUGUCUACUUGAAUAUCGAGCAACCGCAUGAGGCGUUAAAUUGCAUACAAGAGGCAUCACAAAUCUAUCCGCUCUCACAUCAAAUUAUGUUUAUGCGCGGUCAAAUUUACUUAUAUCUGGAGCAAUGGAAUGAUGCCAAACAAUGUUUUCUCAAUGCCGUAUCGGCCAAUCCAAAUCAUACAGAGGCAUUGCGUGCGCUUGGCGAAACACAUCAUGUACUUGGCGAACCAAGGCUAGCGGAGAAAAUGUUAAAGGAUGCAGCACGUCUAGAUCCCAACUGUCCGAAGAUAUGGUUCAGUUUGGGCAAAGUUAUGGAGACUUUGGGUGAUUACACUGCCUCUGCCGAUUGUAUGGCGACAGCGUUGCAAUUAGAGCCUACAUGUCCUGUACUUCCAUUUACCUCAAUACCACUAACCUUCGAUUGAGGGUGACAAAUGCAAUGUUGGCGCGUGAUGUGGUUGUUGCAAUUCACUGAUUGUGCGUUAAAGUUUAGCAGCAUUUGAUACGUAUAAAGUAUGAUGUGAGCAACAACAAGCAGGUGGAAAAUGAGCACUUACUACGUAGAGUAUAGCGUAAAAAUUUACUUUAAUUAACCUUAUCGGUGUGUGUGUUUUAUUAUUAUCAAUUGUUAAACUAGUUGAUUGUUAAUUAUAGACCGUUAAAUUUGUA